AUGGCUGUUCUGUCGUCUGUUAACGUUACUUACUUUCGGGUGGGAUUUCUCUCGUUUCUGGCGUUUGCGUGUAUCAAGGAUGUAAACAUCAUCCUAUCAAAUCAAUCCGUGCUGAUGUUCACCCAAGCCAUGCAUCUCCCGGCCUUAACGUUGUCCUCUUACAGCGCUCAAUUGGGAUUGUUUGCCAUAAUCUUCGGUUUAAUGGCCCUCCAUGACUUAGUGCCUCUUCUAGAACAAAACAAGAUGUUCUUCGAGUCCAUCGUUCCACUCAGAUUGAUGCUGUUCUUCAUCCUUACGACCAUAUCAUACUAUGUCGAGAGUAACCUCUUUGUUCAUAACAAUGCCGUUUUCAUCUAUGGCUUUUGUGAAGUUUGGAUCAAUUUCCUCAUCUUCUCUGCAUUGCGAGACGAAAAGAACGAAGAGUUCAAAAAGGCCAACCGCAUUGUACUCGAAAGCAGCCCUGAGGAACUGGAACCAUUGGCAGAGCUGGAGGAGCUAACUGGCGACGACUCUGUUCAGAUAGUGGAGGAGUAG